AUAUGAGUGGACUGUCCCAGAUGUUGGUGAUUCCCUGCUGAUGCUGUCUGGUGUAAGCAGGAGGCACACACAUGCAGAGAGAUUCCUAAUCUUCCAGCCUUUGUAGCAGUUUUGUUUGUUGGGGGUGGGGGUGGGGGGGGGGGGGGGGUGAAGAGGGUGAAAUCGGAUUCACACACACACAGAGAGGAGCAGUGACAGACUGCAGGAGGCAAAAAUCAUCCAAGGACAGAGAGAGAGAAAAAACAGGAGACGAGAAGCCAUCCGCACGAAGAACUCCACAGCGUCAAGUGAACCAUUCGAUUGACAAAUCUGCAGCAAACAACACGUAGUUGCUCUUGGUGGAGAUUGUGAGGAAAGCGGAUAAAACAAAGUGAUCGGAGAUACUUGAAGAAGAAGGAACCCAUGAGUCGUAGCAGACUGAAUAAUUGUGUCUGAGGAAGACUCUUGGUGUCAAUGGAAGGAGCCGGAGGGUGAAAGACAAUCUCGCUUCAAGAUUAUACACGUUUGUAAUUUUUUUUCUCUUUAAGGCAAAGAGCCUGUUGCUUUCGGCAUUCGAACGCCUAUUGUUCCAGGUCUAACGAUGCGGUGUUGCGGGUUAGAGAGUUGUGCAUUGUCAGAUUGAAGAGCGUGUUCGCAGAAGGUCCCACAGAGACUGGGCUGUGUUUUCGAAUCGGAGGAUUUCAAGGAAUAUGCUGAUGCCGCAGAAUGGAGCUGAGGAACCGAUUCCUGCGGCACUCUGUCGCCAUGUGGCUGCUUUUGCAAAGCUUUGUUCUGAUGACCUUUUGCUUUAACUCAGCGACAACAUGCCCAAAAGGCUGUUACUGUGCCGAGCCAGAGAAGAGGUUGAUUGUCCGCUGCAGUGACAUGCACCUGAGAGAGGUUCCCAAGGACAUUCCAAAUAAUACUUGGAAGCUCUACCUUGAUUCCAACCAAAUAACGUCUAUUCCACGCGAUGUUUUCAAGGAUCUGCGGGAGCUGGAGGAACUGGAUCUGUCCAAUAAUGCCAUUCAGCACUUGGAGACUGGAGCAUUCCGCGGUCUGAAUGAAAGCCUGAAGAUUCUGAAUCUCUCACACAAUAAACUGGAGACAGUGAACGAGGACGUGUUCAGUAGACUGAAAGCCAGUAUAAAACUUUCAGGCAACCCCUGGUUCUGUGAUUGCAGGCUGCAGGAAAUGAUUAAGACGGUAAACAUUAAAAUCGGGUUGUCCAAUGACAUCAUCUGUGCGACUGCCUACCCCGAGGAGCACGCCAAGAAGUCUUUCCUGGAGGUCGCACACCACGUGAACUUCUGUAACGUUCACAAAAAGACCACCGACGUGGCCAUGCUGAUCACCAUGUUCGGCUGGUUCACCAUGGUCAUCUCCUACCUGGUAUACUACGUGAGACAGAAUCAAGAAGACGCAAGACGGCACCUUGAAUACUUGAAGUCACUGCCUAGCAAGCAGAGGAAAUCAGAGGCCUCCUCCACCAUUAGCACAGUGGUGUAACUCUACGUGUUGAGAAGGGAAAUCUAGGGAUGGGGGUCUGGGAUGAAAAAAAGGAAUGGAACCCACUGGAUCAAGAUCCAUGACACUGUAAAGAUCCAACUGGGACAAGUCAGCAUUUGAAAACCCAGUGGACCACAACUCUGGCCUCCAUCCUCCCUCACAGAAUUCUCAUGCUUAAAAAUGAAAUGGGUUGCCAAAAGUAACUAGUAUUGAGUAUGCUCGUGCUCUGCUCAGUAUUGUACUGAGACUGAGGUCACCGUCUAGUCUACCCACGAAUACGAAAAAUACUGUUGAUGCCUUAUGCUCUUGAAAACUAAGGAAUGAGCCAGUAACAGGAGGAGAAUAAGCCUGUUAUUCAAUGUGUUCUGAAGGACUAUUCUUCCAUUUAGGUCAGCCAAGGUUUAGUUCCUUCUUAGUUUCUGUAUUUUGUUCUCUCUUUCUGUUACUAAGCAUCCAGGUUUUGGAGGUCUGUGUCCAGCUCAUACUAAUGCAACAUGAUUUUGACAGUUUGCAGGCCUUAUAACUGGGAGUGAUACAUAGAGCAGGAAAGUGUUUUCCGGGCAGAAUCAAGGGGACUGAUUUGAAGUUGAGGAUAUUGGUGGCGUAAAUCCUGGAAACCUAUGUUGCAUCAGUCCCGAAAUGGUUCAAAAUAUCCUGUAUUACAACAUGCAGAUUUGGUUGAAUACCGUGGGCCCACAGCCAAAAGUGUAGAGCAUGUAAACUGGCAAAGGUGGUCAGGAGUUGCUCUGUGUAAAGCCUGUAUUCGCCAUCUGUUCAAAGUUGCAAUUCUGUAAUAUGGGGUGGAAGUGCAGGGAAGAAGGUAAUGGGACCUGCCACCCAUCUUUGAACUGGUUUGGGGAUGGUGCAGCACUCGGAGCAGUAUCUCCUCAGGAGCUUGUUUGUAAUUAGUGUUGUGUUCUCUAACUAGGUUUUGGUCCUUAAUGAGCUGUGACGACUGAAUGCUGGUAAGAGUUGAGCUCCUUGUUGUGUUGCAUCUCCUCUCUUGCUUAUGCCCACACUCUCGUAUCCAUUGGCAAUGCUUAAGCGGUUCAGUGGUCACCAAUGGGGCAGUGGUGGUGGUGAACUCUAGUUCAUUAUAAACCCCUGAGAAUGUUAUUUAUAUUUUUCCCAGUUUAUUGUGUCCCUGUCAGAUGGGGACACCUGCCUUUUACUUGAUUAAAAAAAAAAUUUGAAUGACCCUUAUAAAGGAAGUAGAAUCGUGCUCCUGCCCCACAAAUCAACAACAGUGGUUUCUUACCCAGGGGUUAGAGUGCAAGUUGUAUUGUCAGGGGUGGUUUUUGUUGGAAAGCAAUGAAUUGUACAGACCCGCAUUGAUGGGGUUAGCUGCACCUGCAUCCAAUAAGACCAAAUACCCGUGAUUAAGUGAUUGGAUUGAUACUUCAUAACUGCUAGGUAAAAGAAUAAAUAAAGUCUGAACAAUCACAUGUAGUUUGGCCUUUCAGCUUAUGUAACCCAGUGAGACUCAGCUUGCUAGAGUUAUAUUCGGAAUGAAUUAUAAUUUCAAAUCUUUGACCUGGUUUCAAUUUCAAUUUUAUUGCAUUCUUCUUGGGAACCUGGAUUAAGAUUGUCCAGUCAACCCAGGUGCCUCUAUUAGUAAUAAUAUUUCCAACCUCAGUUUACUAUUCAUAAGGGCACAUAAGAAAUUACAGCCAUGAUAACGAUCUGGUUGGGCAGUCUCAGGGUUGAUUGAUGAAUGGAAAAUCCUGUUUAGCAAAGUUGUUGGAAUUUUUUUGAAGAUAUUACUAACAAAAUUGAUAAAGGGAACCGGAACGUCCCUUUCAAGAGGACCAGAAUUCAAGAGCAGGGAUGUACCGCUGAGACUGUAUAAAGCUCUGGUCAGACCAAAUUUGAAAUAUGGUGUGCAAUUUUGGACCCCAUAUCUAAGGAAGAGUAUACUGCAUUUCAGAGGAGGUUUACAAGAAUGAUCCCAGGAUGUAGAGCUUGUCAAAUGAGGAGCGGUUAAAGACUCUGGAUCUGUACUCAGGAGAGUUUAGGAGGGAGAUCUGAUUGAAACUCACAGAGAGGUCUAGAUAGAGUGGACUUAGAAAAGACAUUUCUACUGGUAGGAGAGAAUAGGACUUGAAAGCACAGCCUCACAGUGAAGGGAAGAGCCUUUAGAACUGAGAUGAGGAAGAAU